AUGGAUAGCCGAAUAAAAGUGAUGGACAAAAACUUUGAAUCAGUUGCAACAAAUACUAUACAAGUAUGGACGCUAGAACAGACAUUAGCAGGCCUAGCUAUUGUUUUAAGCCUGUACCUAGUAAUUGUUUUAAAACUUUUACCAGCCUACAUGAAGAAUAGAGAACCACUGAAACUGAACAAGGUUAUGUUAACAUAUAACGCUUUCCAAGUCGCCUUCUCGUUAUAUUUAGUGUUUAUUUACCUGAAAUAUAUAUACCGAUUUCGGAUCAUCACCACGCGGUGCCCAAAAGGCCAGGAUUUACAGGAGGUAAUUUUCGACAUCUACCCUUACUUUAUUGCUAAACAUUUGGAUUUAUUAGACACAGUGUUCUUCGUACUGCGAAAGAAAGACAACCAAGUAACGUUUCUCCAUCUAUACCACCACACCACAAUGGUGACAUGGACCUGGUUGCACUUGAUGUACCACCCAACAGAUCACUUUGUGGUAGUGGGGAUGCUCAAUAGUUUCAUCCAUGUGAUCAUGUAUGCCUAUUAUGGAAUAUCAGCUUUGGGGCCCGAAUAUCAGAAGUAUGUUUGGUGGAAGAAGCAUUUAACCAAGUUCCAAUUGGUCCAGUUCAUUCUAGUGCUGUCUCACCUUCACUGCCAGCAGAAGUUCUCUCCAUGUCCUCUUCCUACCUUUUUCCACAAUUUCUGUUUGUUCCUCAUUUGUUCCUUCUUCGCUCUAUUUAUGAAUUUCUACAUCCGUAGUUAUAAGAAAAGGAAAAAUCCUGCAAAGGAAGGAAUUAAUAUAGAAUACACGGAUCACCAGAAAUUAAUAAAGGCGCGUUAG